UAAGAGGCAUCCAGCUUCACAGCAUCCCUGGUCUAUAUCCCCGGAGGGCCCGUCUUCUCUUUCCUGGGACCUGUGGAACUAUAGAUGAGCCCGAGGAGUUGUUGUUGUUGUUGUUGUUGGCUGCGAUUUUCUUCAAUCGCAACACUGACUUCGUGGUUUGGCUGGAACUACAAACUGCCUCUGCUGCAGAGAACGCAGAUCUUCCCGAAUAGCUUUGCAUCGGGAGAAAGGAUUAUCUUUGGCCUCCCGAUAUGUUCUUCAGACGUUUUAAAAAAACCCUCCCACAUUCCACACCUGACUCGGUUAUAAAAGUCACAGCAUGCUCCUGGGGUGUUUUUUUUUUUUUUUUUUUUAACAAAGUACUGUUUGUCUUUUUGUUUGUCUCUCUCGCCCCCCCCCCUCCCCGCGCCUUUCCUGCCUUCUUAUUUCUUGAAGUGCCUGAGGUGCACAUUUGCGCGCACCGAGAUCUGUGCUUCAACAAAGGAGGGGAGGCGGAAAAGAGGGGUUAAAAAGCUGCUUCUGUAUAUUUCAGAUUUCUCGCCUCUGCGUAGCGUUCUUGGGCUGCUUCUUUCCGCCCAGAUGACAGAUUAUUUUGUCCUUUUUUUGCGGCAGCGAUUUAAAUUCAUCCUGCAAAUACUCCCUCCCCUCUGUAGAGAGAAGAACGUUACUUAUCCUGACUGUUGGUUUAGGAUGAGGGCCGUACUAACGGAAGGACAGCCGUGCUUGCUGGUGAAAAGGAUGCUAUGAUUUUAGAAGACGAAUACGGAAGAAUUAUUUGUUCCUUUUAAAAAAAAAACAUGCCUCCUUAAAUAAGGUUAAAAAUGAUUUUUGAGGUACAGUCCUUUGGAGGAGAUGAGGACAAUUGCCCUUUUUGUUUGAUCCUGGCCAAGCUUACUCUGCACUCCAAUUCUUAUGAUUUAAAUGGGAAUUGGUUACCCAUAAGUAUGAUUAAGUUUUCAAGUUUCAGAGACUCUGAAGGUCAUGCGGUAACCUUUUUUUAAGAAAAAAAUAAUUGGUGACAUUUUUGACCCCUUUCAAUUAGACUGAGCCAGGUGCCAAUGUAAUUGGUCACUCAGCAGUGCUCUAGAGCUAAUAUAAGAUAUGAACUUUCAAGGUAAUAGGAAGAUUUAGGUUUUUUUGCUAUUAAGAGAAAUAUUUUCAAGCUAUGUAAUCAUGUGUUCAGCAGUAACCAGAAGAGUUUGGGUACCUUGAGGCUUGGAUGUUCCAGAGCUGUCAUUAAAUGAUUGCAUUAGUAUCUGACUAAAGAACAGUUCCAAAAUAGCAGUUCCACUCAUAAGAGAUACAUGACACCUUCCCAUUUAUUUAUUUAUUUAUUUAAAAAUCCUCUUUCAUUUCAACGAUUGUUUUCAUUGCUAGACAAUGGAUCGAUGCAUCCUCUGUUCUUCCUUGGCAAUUUUGAAAAUGUCUUAAAGAAAAGUUGCAACAUGUUCUUCCUUGCUCAGAUUUAUUUUUUCCUGCUUUCUUGAGAUGUGAUCUUCAUGUUAAUAGCUUUUGACUCUUUCAUUUAUGGAUUAUGUAGAAGAAAGUCUGGGAUCUUUUGUGUAACCUUUAUUUUCUUUUAGAGCAGGGAUAGCAAUGCUUCCGUGUAGGAGUUGUCUGCUACCUGCUCCACAGAUACUGUGAGAGAGCUUGAGUUCCUUUGACUUCCCAUUCUCAGCCUCCUCAUGCCUCCUUCUCCACUAGACGACAGGGUUGUAGUGGCACUCUCCAGGCCUGUAAGACCUCAGGAUCUCAAUCUUUGCUUAGAUUCCAGCUACAUUGAAUCUGCUUCCUCUGCCAGUGAAAACCCUGUGAGUCUCCUAAGCACGGCUGUUGUGUCCAUCAAGGCUGCUAAUCUGACGUAUAUGCCCUCAUCCAACGGCUCUGCCCGCUCCUUGAGUUGUGGAUGCAGCAGUGCCAGUUGUUGCACUGUGGCAACAUACGACAAGGACAAUCAGGCCCAAACCCAAGCCAGCACCAGCAGCAUCUCUGCCAGCAUAGGAACCUUGACGACUUGCUCAGCAAACCAAAUGGUCAACAACAAUGAGAACUCUAGUCCUUUGAGUCCAACCGGUGGUGUGGGGAGUCCAGUCUCAGGUCCAACAAAGCAACUGGCAAGCAUCAAAACCAUCCAUCCCAAUGACUUGGCAAAAAAGAUGACCAAAUGCAACAAAAGCCACCAAGGCCCAGUCAUCAUUGAUUGCCGGCCUUUCAUGGAGUACAACAAAAGCCACAUCCAAGGGGCUGUUCACAUCAAUUGCUCCGAUAAGAUUAGUAGGAGAAGGCUUCAGCAGGGCAAGAUCACUGUCUUGGACUUGAUCUCUUGCAGAGAAGGCAAAGACUCCUUUAAAAGAAUCUUUUCCAAAGAAAUAGUUGUUUAUGAUGAAAAUACUAAUGAGCCAAGCAGAGUAAUGCCUUCGCAGCCAUUGCACAUAGUGCUGGACUCUCUCAAGAGGGAAGGCAAGGAACCACUGGUUCUCAAAGGUGGACUCAGCAGUUUUAAGCAGAACCACGAAAACCUCUGUGAUAAUUCCCUCCAACUUCAGGAGUGUCCUGAAAGCGGAGGUGGAGGUGCCGCAGUAACCUGUACACUACCUCAGUCCAUUGCUACCACUCCAGACAUUGAGAAUGCCGAGCUCACCCCCAUCUUGCCCUUCCUCUUUCUUGGCAAUGAACAUGAUGCUCAGGACUUGGAGAAGAUCCAGAGGUUGAACAUCGGCUACGUAAUCAACGUCACCACUCACCUCCCUCUCUACCAUUAUGAGAAAGGCUUGUUCAGCUACAAACGUCUCCCUGCCACGGAUAGCAACAAGCAGAACCUCAGACAGUAUUUCGAAGAGGCUUUUGAAUUCAUUGAGGAAGCUCAUCAAUGCGGGAAGGGUCUUCUUAUCCACUGCCAGGCUGGGGUGUCUCGUUCCGCCACCAUUGUCAUUGCAUACCUUAUGAAGCACACAAGGAUGACUAUGACAGAUGCCUAUAAGUUUGUCAAAGGCAAGCGACCAAUCAUUUCUCCCAAUCUUAAUUUCAUGGGGCAGUUAUUGGAGUUUGAAGAAGAUCUGAACAAUGGAGUCACACCACGAAUUCUAACGCCAAAGCUGAUUGGGGUUGAGACUGUUGUGUGACAUCAAAGAACCACAGGACAGGGUUUUUUUUUCCUAAACUUUCUGCAAACUGGGAAGCGUGGGUGAUUCUUUUCUUUUCAGCUUUACUAGGGAAAGCUUUUUUUAAAAAACAACAACUUCUUUUUUGAAAGUCGUCACAGAUUUUGCGCAGAAUGCCAUUGCAAAUCAAUUCUCAAAGGAAUGGAGGAAGGAGAAAGGCUUAAAAAGAAACCAGCUUUUAAAAAUGGAUGUUUAGGAGAAAAAAAAAACCCUCCCUGGAUAUUAUUUAGGGUUUUUGUUUUUUGAGGGGGUGGGUGGUUCAGCUACUUGUAGAGAUUAUGACUAAGUAGUCUGUGCAGGUUCAUAGACUGAGAACAGCUAUAUUAUUUUUUAAAAAAAUAAUGACACAACCAGCCAAAAUAAUAGCAAAAAGACUAGAUCCACAGGCCUUGAGUUUGCAAAGACUUUACUAAAGAAAACCUAAUGAAAAUGCUUGCUGGUGCAAAGAUGAUCAGAGCAGCUUAAAUUAUUUGCAAAUCACAUCUCACCCUUCUGGCUAGAGAACACAUUUUUAUUUCCUCUUGCGUUUCAUCUUCUGGUACUAUUUUUCUAUUUGGGUUGUGGGUAGGAGGGGUAGGACAUUAAACACCAAGGGACUUGACCAUUUUAUGCCAUAUGCCUUUAUUGGCUUCUUGUGCAAUAAUAGUUUUUGGAGAUGGAAAGUAUUUUUAUUUUGAGUGUUCAAACCAAUUAUUGCAGGCUACACAGUAAUAAUACUAUUUUUUUAAGAAAUAGUGCAAAGAUUACUGGCUUGAUAUAGAAGCAGGAAUACAACAAAAGCAAUUAUUCCCCCCUCCCCCUUUUCUGGUUCUAGUAAUGGUGCCAUAAACCUUGUUACAUAUGUAUAUCAGAAUGUACAAAGAUUAAGAAUAAGCAAAGUUUAUUUAAAAUAUUUUUUCGCACAAAAUACUGGCGUGUUUCUGUUUAUGUAAAGAAAAAUAUUGAUUAUAAAAUGAAGUGUUUUAGAAUUGUGAGCGUGUGUGUGUCCUUUUUAUUAUUUCCUUCAUAAAAUCACUUAGCUAGUUUAGCUUUCAACUUGUAACAGGUAUGGAAGAGCAUGGGACUGCAUGUAUUUUGCCCAGAUAACUUAUCCAUGAUGUAUCAGGUGGCUCCUAUCUCACUUAUAGCAGCUUUGAUCAGACACAACAAUCUAGUCCUAGUUUAUACGUGGUAUAUUGAACUAAAAUAGUAGCCUCCAUACUGCUUUCUCUUUUCAACACUUUCUCAAUUCCAUAUUUCUGGACUGAUCUGAGAUACCCUCAGAUGUAUUCACAAAAAAGAAGAAAUGAAGCCAGGAGGGAAGGCCUGUACAUUCUUGGCUAGAUCAAGAUGACAUCUGACAACUGGUCAGUGUGCCUGCAGCAUCAACACACAGAAGUGGUGUUGGACCAGUUUGCCAUUGACACAAUAAUUCACAAUAGUGCAUGUGUGGCCCGGUACAUACAGAAUAAAUAUCAAAAGCCAAUGGCAUCUAUAGGACCUUCAGAUGGAGUUUUUUUUUUAUCAAGGGCUCUCAUCAGUCUGAAGAUGGGAUCAGGCUCCUGAAGUGCACUUUGUUCUCUCAUUUCUUCUCUCUUCAUUUUUCCAUUGAAAAGGUAUUUUGCAAGUUUUCAACUUAAGUAUUUCUCAGGGAGUUUCACUUUAUUUUUCUAAAGUGAAAAUGCAAAGCGGAGAAAAGGAAAGUAUUAAUGGAGAAAAGUAUUGUCAUUUCAGAAACUGCAUACUUGUAGAUGCCCUUGUUUCUAAGGGUCUUUUUCUUGCCAGUUUUUAAUUCACAUAAGUAAAUAACUCUCACACUAAUAGAAUGGGUGCACUGAUUCCUACGGGGCUACACAAGAGGUGGGAGAAUCACAAACCAGAUAAAAAGUUGGAAAUUUGCAGAAACUUCAUGUCAUUUUUCUUAAUUUGGCAUCCAGUUAAGUAGGGAAAUGGCAGCAUAUGAAGUUGUGCAGACAUAUCCUUAAGUAAUUUAAUUUCAUUUUGCAUCAUAAGAUCUAUUUAAAUAUCAAAAAGAGCCAACUUUCAGUUAUAUUUAUGUGAUUCCUAAAUGGGGAACUGUAAAGGCAGAAAUAAAAUGGAGGUAUGUCUCAUGGAGUUAUGAUUCAUUCUCAGGAAAUCAUCUAAAUCUUUGCCUAUUACUUCAUUAUCUACAAAUUGAAUACCCAUAUUCAGAAUAGUAACUAUUUGAAUCUUCUUGGGGAAAUCCUUUUGGCUUCUAGUCCCUUUCACUUUGGAAUAAUGUUUAUUUUUUUUCUUGGUCAUGUCAGUUGUGAAAUCGGACAUUAUAAAUUCUGUUUUACCACUGACUUUAUUAGCAAUGCUAGUGUUUCUUAAACAGACAUGUAUGAGGGCUCCCAUCCUGCUUCUGGUUAAUGGAAAGCUUUGGCAGAAUAAAAGUAGAAUAAAGUGUUGUGCAAGUGCCAUUCAAAUGAGUCUUUUUGUACCUCUUUCAUUCAUUUCAACUGAGUGCACAGAAAACUUGAUGGUAAGUUGUGCCUUUUGAUAAGAUUAGUUUGGAAGGAAUAGGAAAUGUCUGCUGUUUGUAAAAUUGUUUCAUAGAAGCAUCAUAGUUGUGAUGAGGGCUUUUUUAAUUUGGAUUUUUUUAAAAAGACAAUAUAUAUAUGUAUAUAUUGAAAUAAAAGAGGUGUGGUGGAAGACGUAUGUAUGUAUGUAACUGUUACUUUUGCCAAACAGAGUUAUUAAACAUAUAUAUUUUCUCACUU